AUGUAUGCAGAUCCAUCCACCCCGAAUGCGGCCGAAGCGCAGAAGGCACUAUUCCACCUUGAACUGGACGUGUUGAAGCCAUCGGAACUCCCUUCCAACAGGAUAUCACGCAGCCUAUACGACGAGCUCACUCUGCCCUGGACCGUGGAUCCGCCUGUACUGUCUUUCUCAGAAUCAGGUUUCACGCGCUUCGAAUGGGACCGUGAUGGGAUAUUGACUGAUGGGAUGGAUUUUCUCAACGGAGAUGACGUUACCAUAGAUGAUCUGGAGAAGAGUUUGAACACUGCUAGCAUGGUGACUAGAUGGAGAGAGGCGAAUCCGGAGCUUGCAGGUACCGAGCAUGACUGUGUAAAGGUGGCCAGUGUAAAGGUGGCCAUUGGAGAAAUAAGGAGGGCAAUGGGGAUAUCUCACGGUGGCAGUAUUCGGACAGGGAAUGGGGUUGCCAUUUUGUUGUUCAAGAGAAAUGAGAUUUAG